GUGAAAGCACUCCUGCCAUCCCGCUGAUGAUAACGAGUAUGGGGACGACCUUUGCCCUGAUCACCACUGUAGGAUCGAUUGGCAUGAUCCCGAUCAUGUCGACCCCUACUCCUACACCAACGACAACAAUGUUCCCAGGCUCGAUAACAACGCCCGGGGGAGCAUUCUCACCAUACCCGUCAGCUUGGGCUCAAUUUGCUACUGACCCGGCAAAUGCUCAGGCUCUACAGGGCUAUCAACAGGUGAUGGCCAUGAUGCAACAGGCAGGGGGCUUCAUGCCAUUUGCCUAUCCUGGCAUGAUGCCACUAAUCAUGCCACCCGCGGUGUCGACUCCAUCAACAUUCGUUCCUAGAAUGGUUCCUAUACAUCCGGUGAAUUUGACGGGGACCAUGAAUGAGGCAGCUCCCUCAAAUGUCCAUGAAGUUGACGAGGUGGAACAGGAGGCAGCCCGCAGAGGGAAGGGUAAGGCUAUAGCCAAACCCAGCAAGACCCGAGAUUCAGCGUUCAAAUGCCUAGGGGACAAAGAGGAUGGACCCCGCAAGUCUGCCAAGCUACGUCUUGGUCCUGAGAUGGGCCGGACUAGCGCAAUGGAAAGACUUGGCGGGAGCUCUCAUACGAUGAGGAUGACCUGGAGCAUAGCGAGAAAGCUACGUGCCCUGGAGGAAAAGGUAGAAGAGAAGGCGGGAGCGAAGAAGCACGCCCUGUCCAAAUCACCCUUUUCAGCCAGGGUACAUGCACAAAACUUGAGGCGGAAGGUCAAGCUGGACGUGGAGAAAUUCACUGGAAAGGAGGAUCCAAAUGUCCACCUUGACACCUUCCAUAAUGCAGCGCAAAUGACCGGGUGUACUGAUGCUGAAGAAUGCCUACUCUUCUUCUCAUCCUUGAGAGGGAGGCCAGUGGAAUGGUUUAACAGCCUUCGACAUGGUAAGAUCGGGUCCUUUGAAAAACUUGCUGAGAUUUUUCGCAAGAAGUACGAGGACAGCUGCAUCAAAAGGAAGAAGUUCACCUACCUUAACACGGUAGGGCAGAGGGAGAAGGAGUCCUUGACUCAGUUCUUAACUCGCUGGAGGGACGAGGUCGACAAAGUAGAAGAGAUGGACGACAAGACGGCCAUGUCUUUGCUGAUGAAUGCAUUUCGGUCGGGUGACCUCUACACUGAAUUUUGUAGAAGGCCACCCUCCUCUUAUCAAGAAGCUUACAAUACGGCAUGGGAGUACGCGGAGGCGGAGAUCCUAAACAAGAGAAAACGAGAACUGGAAGAAGGUCCAAGAGGAAGGCUUGAUAAUUUCAAAAGUGACAUGUCUGAUGAUCUCCAAAGUGCCCGGUCUGAUGAUCUCCAAAGUGCCAGGUCUGACGAUCUCCAAAAUGCCAGGUCUGAUGAACCCCAAAGCGCCAGAUCUGAUGAACUCCAAAGUGAUACGUGUGAUGAUCCGCAAAGUGCCAGGUCUGAGGAGCCCCAAAGUGCCAGCCAUCCAAGGCUUUGGCCAGCUCAUGGCCAUGUGCCAGCAGAACGGGGGAAUGCCAUUCCUCCAUGGCAUUUUUCCAUUUGCCCUUCCUGGCGUUGGAACAAUGGCCCUGCAAACUCCGAUGAUGUUGUCGCCCGGUUGGGAAAGGGGAGGGAGGCUGAACUUGCCCGUACCCAGCGCUUCUGGUCGAACCAGCAAGAGCCUGCCAAGACAAGGGCUUCUCGCCAAGAAGAAGAAGCAGAGAGUCAACCCCGCGGACCAGUGGUUAAUCGGCUAACCAUGUCGAGUGAUCGCGUCCAUCAGAUGGAAGCCAAAUUGGAGAGGCUGGAGAAGAAAGUGGGGGAGAAGAACGACCGGGAUAAACCCCUCGCCGGGUCCCCGUUCACUUCAAGGGUCCAUCUGACACCCUUCCCGCAAAAGGUCAAGAUAGACACCCUAAGGUUUACUGGGAAGGAAGAUCCAGAAAUUCACUUGGACUCCUUCAAUCAAAGGAGCAUUAAUUCGUUCAGCGACCUGGCCUCGAAAUUCAAGGCCAAGUUCCAGGAGAAUUGUACCAAGAGGAAGAAGUUAACCUAUCUCAGUACAGCCGGCCAAAGGGAAUCAGAGAAUCUAACUCAAUUCCUUACCCGAUGGACAGAGGAGGUGAACAAGGUGGAGGAAAUGUAUGACAAGACAAUCUUGUCCCUCUUGUUGAAUGGCUUGCAUGCAGGGGAACUAUACAAAGAGUUCUUUCGUACGCUACCGGCCACAUACCAAGAAGCCUACCACACGGCUUGGGAGUUUCCGGAAGCUGAAACCCAGCUACGAGCAAAAAAAGAGACUGAACACAGAUUCAAGCCCAAACUGGUGCAGAUCAAGAAGGAAGAAGCAACGGGGCCCAUCUCGCAAAGGCAUCAUUACGACCCGAUCAUCCGUGUAGUCAAUACAGAAGAAUGCCAAUAAGUGAGAAAAGUAUCGGUCAAUCCUCCGGUAAACCCUACCGGUCAACAAGGACGACAGUGGUCGGACACGUAUUGCUCGUACCAUAGGUCAGAUUCU